AUGGGCUCCAAAAGUUUGAUAACGCACGAGUUUAAAACAGCGCCGGGAAUUUCCGUAGCCAUAAGCGCCCAAUCCAUCUGGCAUUUCUUAGUGCCUGCGUCGCUGAUCCGUCGAAAAUGCGGCGUGUCAGCUCUUCAACUUGAAGUUAGGUGUCUACGCUUUCGCAAGAUCCUGGAAGAAUUCCACGUCACUCCUCUGAAAAAUGAAGACGAAGGCGGCUUCGUCGCGCCUGAUUCGUCGACCACCUCUAACCUCUUUGCCGACUUAUAUGCUACAACCGUGGGCGAAUAUGGAUGGAGCAGCCUCCUGAAGAGGGCAAGGACCCAUCCAAGCGUCUCCGAAAGCCCUAGGGAUGGUAAUGAAGAACUCAAACUCAGUCUUUUGGAUGCGCUCCACGGCGGGCCCUUUUGA